AUGAAAGAACCAUCCAAAAAACACACCUGCUCCCACCCCGGCUGCACCAAAGCCUUCACCCGCGCCGAGCACUUGCGCCGCCACUCGCUGAACCAUGAGGCCGGCAGCCAGAGCCACGGCCACACCUGCCCGCGGUGCAUGACGCAUUUCAGCCGCCCGGACCUGCUGAGUCGGCAUAUGGACCGGCAUGCGAAGAAGGAUGCUGAGGCGGGGGGUGUUGGACGGGGUGUGCUCGAGACGAGGAAGCGCAUGCGCAGGGCGGAGGAUGGGAGUAUUGUUGUACGGCCGCCGAAGAGGGCGAGGCAUGGCGUCCAGAAGACGGGGGCUGCGUUGUCGGUUUCCGCUGAGUCGUCGUCUUCGUCUGCUGGCGAGCUGGAGAUGGGGAUGGGGAUGGGGAGCGAGGGGUCGCCGGAUCUGGCUCAUCCUCAUCCCCAUUCAUAUCCUUAUGCCCAUGCGCAGGCUCAUCCUCACGCCCAAGCUCCAGUCUCCCCGCCGCGAUCAGCGGGCGAUCCGGUCUCUGUCUCCGGUGUCUCGUUCGACGACGACGAUCCAGACCCGCUGCUUGCACCCAUGAUGCCGAGUGGCCCGUUCGAGCCGUACGUCGAGCCGAUCCCGGGGCAGUUCGAUGCGGCGGAUGGGUCGUGGGGUGCUGGGUUGGGGGAUAUGAUGCUGGACACCGCUACCGACUUCAACCUCCCCUUCGCCGCAACGGGCAACUACAACUGGCUCUUCGAUGUCUCCUCGCUCGACGACGCGUUCAACCUCGACCUCCCGCUGCCUCUGGGUCCGGAUCUCGUUCCGUUUGCGAACGCUGAUAAUGACGGUGCGAACUUUGACGUCUCGGGUCCGGAUAAUGCAGUACAGGAUAUGCUGAACCUCGACCUGGAUAUUGACCUCAAGGGGCUUCCCCUGCCGGAGUAUGAACAUGCGACUGGACAGGACGGGUCGUCUGUUUUACUGCAGGCCGCGAGCUUCGUCGAACGAAGUACCAGCAACAACCACGGCGACAACAGUAAACGAACGGACUUCCCAGACCUCGACUGGAUGGCCGGUGCACCCCCAGUCGAGAACACCGUCCCCCUCCGCCCCCAACUCACCGACGACGCCCGCCGAGGCAUCCUAGCCCUAAUCGCCCAAAGCCCCCCAGUCGACAUCCACGGCCAGCCCUUGAACCUCGACUCGCCGCUCCUCUCCCUAUCUUCCCUCCAAACAUACAGCGACCUCUUCUUCUCCCGCUUCAACACCACAUACCCGCUCAUCCACCCCGCAACCUUCGACCCCAACGCCAUCGAGCCCGUUUUCCUGGCAGCCAUCCUCUCAAUGGGCGCAACAUACAGCACCCGCGAAGCGCACCGCCUCGCCGUCGGCAUCCACGACUCCCUCCGCACCACCCUCUUCUGCAACGCCGCAUUCAGCCCGCAGCCCGAGCUGUGGGUGCUCCAGGCGAUGCUGCUGAUCGACUGUUUCGGCAAGAUGCGCGCGGGCCCGCGGCAGCGCGAGACCGCGCAGCUGUUCCACUGCGUUCUGAUCAAGCUGAUUCGGAGGAGUACAUGCUGCUCCAUCCGCUCUCAAAUCGAACCACUCGGAGGAAUGGAGGGCGCAGAUCUCGAACAGACGUGGAAAGACGCCAUGGCCGCGGAACAGCGCAAGCGCCUCGCCCUCCAGUGCUUCAUGUGGGACACGCAGCACGCCGUCCUCUUCAGCCAGAGCCUGUGCAUGUCCGCGUUCGAGAUCCGCUCGGCCCUGCCCUGUUGCCCUGGCGCGUGGGACGCCCACACCGCAGAAGAAUGGGCUCGGCAUGCAGCCCGGGAUCCCGAGCGGCUCUUCCUCCCCGUGUUAAAGGGGUAUAUCACGCCCGGCGCGAUGUCCCGACCACGGGAUCUGAACGGCCCGUCGCGCAUGGUUGUCCUGCAUGGCCUUAUGUCUAUCAGCGCGGACCUGAAACGGCGCGACCAGACGACGCUCCGGGGGAUGCCGGAGCGCGUGGGCGCGUGGGCGCCGCGCAUGGGGAGGGCGUAUGACCUCUGGAAGGCGGACUUUGACGCCGACGUGCUGAACAUGAAGCUGGGGCCUGUGCGGGUCUCGGCGGAUGAGAUGAGGCGGUUCACCACGCUCAAGGGCGCGGCGAUGGCGCUGUACCGCGCCGCUAGUCUGGCGCUGCAUGUUGAGGUCCUCGAUCUGCAGAUUGCGGCGGGGGCAUGCCAGAUUCUGGGGCGUGUUGUAUCGGGCCAGGACCGCGAUCGCUCACGUCUCAUGCUCGCGCGCUGGCUUGCUGGCAGUUCGUCGGCGACGGCGUCGCGGCAUGCUGCGUGCCUUCUGCAAGAUGCGGUGCUGAGUCUGCAUGACUGGGACCAGACGGAUGCGUUCCACUUCCCGUGGUGUCUGUACCUCGCGACUUUGACGGUAUGGGCGUUCCAUGCGCGCGACGACCUGCCGAAGAAGCCGACGGAUCUGUCGAGUCUGAUUGUGGCCAUGACGUCCGCUGGGGAUGAACUGGAGGCAUUGGGCGGGCAGUAUGACACGCGCCCGCUGGUGCGAGCCAUGGCGCAGCAGCUGGCUACGGUGCGGUGGGCGGUUGUGCAUGAUGCCAUGAAGGUCUUGGUGAAUUUGGCGUCUGAUUCAGUUUAG